AGACAUAACACGAAGAUUAAAAAUUACAUAAAAAUUUCGUAAAAUUAACAGCAACAUGUAGAGGUUUCUCCGAAGAAUCAACCAAAAACGAUCUGUCCGCGACAAUUCUGCAAAUGAUCGCAAAUAAACAAAUGAAGGACGAAAAACUUGGUACGCUCUUGGAUCUUACGCGUGAAGAAUUGUUAGAGAUAAUUAAUCUAGGGAUGGACGGUCUAAGAGAAACAGCUCAAAGAAAGUUGUACCAACUUUGCCUCGAAAAAGAAGUUUCGGUUCCAAAAUAUACUGUAGAGAAAGAAAAAACAUAUCAGGGUUUAACUUAUGUCGCCACUUGUUCCGCGCUAGGUUACACUAGCGAAGGUCGUGGCUUGAGAGAAUGUGUGGCCAAGAAAGCAGCCGCUGAUGAGUUGUACCAUCAAUACUAUGAAGAUCAGAAAGCAAGACUGAAGUAACGUGUUUUUCAAUCAUCAAAAAUCUAAUACAAACAUCCAUUAGUUUGUUUCCACGAAGACUGAACAAUCGAAAAUGAUCCAUCCAACUAGAUCCCUCCAAUUGAACGAUCGAUUCAAUUUUAUUACCAUCCAAAUACAGGUCUAUCACUCCCUUGUACACAGGAUUCGUUGUAAGUGGCCUCAAAUCCUUUAU